AUGAGUUUUCCUCAUUUUGAACUGACCCAUUCCGAAUGGGCAGACCUCCAGAAUAUCCUUAAGUCAGACGAUCCGGUUGUCAUAGAUGGACAUAAUUUGACGAUCGCUGGAGUUGUAGCGGUAGCUUUGCACGGCAAAAAGGCAGUGCUCACCGAAGAUGCCGCUGUUCUUGACCGCGUAAACGAAAGUGUCAAAUUUCUGGAAAGGGAACUGGCAAAAGGUCAUGUAGUCUACGGAGUCACCACAGGCUUCGGAGGCAGCGCAGAUACACGUACCGACAGCGUGAAGAGUUUGCAGCUUGCUUUGCAGCAACACCAAAAUAUUGGUGUUUUGCUUCCAUCUGACAAAGGCUUACUCGGUGAUACAGCAACACAGGCCAACGGACUUCGAGGACAUGCGCUACCUGUCCCCAUUGUGAAAGCUAUGAUGCUUAUUCGUUGCAAUUCGCUUAUUCGAGGUCACUCUGGCGUUCGGUUAGCUCUGGUAAAGAAUGUCUUGAUUCUCCUGAACCACGACAUGUCACCAGUUGUGCCUCUUCGGGGAAGUAUCUCGGCAUCUGGUGACCUCAUGCCUCUUUCUUACAUUGUGGGGAUGCUUGAAGGUAGUCCCGACAUCUUCAUACACGUCGGUGAUAAGCAGAAUCCGACUUUGCUGCCGGCAUACAGGGCUCUUGAAGCAGUAGGCCUCAAACCGAUCUCUUUACAGGCUAAAGAAGGCCUUGGUAUGGCCAAUGGAACAGCUACUAGUUGUGCAGCGGGCUGCCUCGCCAUCUAUGAAGCACAGCAACUGGCUGUCUUGACCCAACUGCUUACUGCUACAGGCACAGAAGCUCUUCUGGGUACUGCCCACAAUUAUCAUCCAUUCAUUUCGGAGACUCGCCCACAUACAGGCCAGAUCGAGGCUGCAGCGAAUAUAAGUGCCUAUAUCGCAGGCUCCAGCCUUGCGCCAGGUAGAAACCCCGAGAUGAUUGGUCUGGCUCAAGAUCGUUAUUCCCUUCGCACAGCUCCUCAAUGGAUUGGACCUCAACUUGAAGAUCUGAUCCUGGCACAUCGUCAAGUCCAAGCGGAAGUUAAUUCAACAACUGACAACCCCCUGAUUGAUACAAAGAACGGAUUGGUACACCACGGCGGAAACUUUCAAGCUGUUUGCAUCACAUCUGCUAUGGAAAAGACUAAAUCUUCCAUGCAAAUGAUGGGCAAAUUGUUAUUUGCUCAAUGCACCGAACUGGUCAAUAGCCAGAUGAAUAGGGGACUGCCCCCGAAUCUAUGCGCUGAUGACCCUAGCUUGUCUUACACAUGCAAAGGACUUGAUAUCAAUAUGGCUGCAUACAUGUCCGAGCUCGCCUACCUUGCUCACUCGGUCAGCUCUCACGUGCAGUCCGCGGAGAUGCAUAAUCAGGCCGUUAACUCACUGGCUUUGAUAUCAGCACGGUACACCUUAGAGGCUGUGGAGCUUGUAUCUAUGAUGACGGCAACAUAUAUCUACAUUUUAUGCCAGGCACUUGACUUGCGAUGUCUUCAUCUCGAGUUCAUCAAGACUGCACAGCCCGUGAUUAAUGAACUAUUACGUGAACAUUUCGGCUCAGGCACAACCGAAGAGAAUUUCAACCACUUUGCGAAGCGGACUUGGAAAUUCCUCUUGGAAAAGUGGUUAAGCCUUUCUCAUCUUGAUCUCAAACAUCGCAGUAAAGCUACAUUGAAGGAGUCUUUGGCAGACUUAACAUCUGCCUGUAUUUCAGAUCGGUCAGGACUGCGCAACGUUACAGAUAUCCUCGAUCAAAUUGAGAAAUACCAGGAAGCAGCAGCGAUGGCUUUAGGAACGAUUUACAACUCCACUCGUGACGAUUUUUUCAAGAACCAGACGACUGCAUCAUAUAUAAGUCCAGCAUCAGCGAAGCUAUACAACUUUGUCCGAAAGGAUCUUAAUGUUCCUUUCCAUCGUGGUCUUGCUGAUCACCCUACUCUACGCGAUCCUAGCUCGACUAAUGGCGAUGAAUACCGUGGACCUAAAAAGCAUCUAGGCUCGCUGGUUAGUGAGAUUUACCUAGCAAUCAGGAAUGGCAGAAUGCAUGAUCUUGUCAUGACACUGAAGAGUCAGGAUUGA